CGGCGGCGGCGCGGGAAGAACCGGGAAGCGCCUCGGCUGAGCGGGACUGAGGAGCCAUGUACACGUCCAGACUCUUCACCCUCGUCCUGGUGGUGCAGCCGUCCCGUGUCCUCCUGGGCAUGAAGAAGCGCGGGUUCGGCGCGGGGCUGUGGAACGGCUUCGGGGGGAAGGUGCAGCCCGGGGAGAGCAUCGAGGAGGCUGCCCGGAGGGAGCUCCUGGAGGAGAGUGGACUGACUGUGGACACCUUGCAGAAGAUGGGUCGGAUCACAUUUGAAUUUGUGGGCAACUCUGAACUCAUGGACGUUCAUGUUUUCCGGGCAGAUCACUUCCACGGAGAGCCAACAGAAAGUGAGGAAAUGCGGCCCCAGUGGUUUCAGCUGGAUGAGGUGCCAUUCAAUUGCAUGUGGCCAGAUGAUAUCUACUGGUUUCCCCUGGUGCUUCAGAGAAAGUUGUUUCAUGGCUAUUUUAAGUUCCAGGGACAAGACACCAUCCUGGAGCACAGCCUGAAAGAAGUGGAGGAAGUUUAAGAAAAGGGAAGCAUUCAGCCCAAGUGCUACUGCCCACAUUGGGCUGCAACACCAUGAGUAUGACUUAUGAGGGUUUCCUUGCUCAGCUCUCCAGAGACUUAUUUUCCAGGUCACUGGAAAGUAAGGAAAACAAGGGAGUUUCUUUAAGCAGAAAUGAAAGCAGCAAGAUUUUCCACGGUGUGAAGUCCCUGGCUGUGGUAGGCUUUAGCGGUUAUGUGAUCACAACUAUUAAAAACUUAGUGUUAACCCUUUUCUUCACAGCUGGCUAAUGGUUUAGGCUUUUCCCUCAUGACUGGAAUUUAUUUCUUUUUUUAAAUAUUAAAAAUAUUUUUUUAGUAAAAGCGUGUGUUGUUCUAUUGUAA